GCACCAAGGGUUUCACUUUGUUUCAUUGAUCAAAGUGACAAAGCUGUCACAUGGGACUGUGUAAGUUGAGGGUUUUAGGGAUAUUAACUUUAGGCAAACCUGUCUUCAAGCAGCCGUUAAAAUGGUGACAGGACAGGUGACAGGUCACUCUAUGAUAGGUAGAGUAACUACAUAUAACUUAAGCAAGCCAUGUGUGUCGACGCAUAUUAUCUCAAAUCCUCAAUCUGUGUGCAACUGUGUACAUUGUGACUGUUUCCUUUAGUUUGAUGUACAGCAUUGGCACUAUUUUACCAGCAACUGAGAGCCGUAAUGUCGAGUACAAAACUGGGGGAGGAAACUACCCUCUUAAAGUCUUACCAUCGCAUAUCCAGAAGUAUGGCUCGGCGUUUCUAAAUUCAGAUGGGGGAACUUUGUAUGUUGGAAUAAGUGAUGAUGGAAGAGUGGUUGGUCUGAGAUUGACACAUCCUGACCGACAACUAGUGUCUGGAAUGAUCAUCAAUGAAUUUAACCACUUCACUCCUCCAGUUGGCGGUGAUUUAUACAUGAUAAAUUUUGUACCGUGUAACAGAAACGAUCAUUUUGUCAUCGAAAUCCAUGUAAAAGCUGGUGUACCUUCCGAAAUAUAUGCCGAUAGGGAAAAUAAGAUGUGGAUAAGAAGGGAUGGCUCAGUUCAAGGUCCUCUCUGGCCCAGGGAGAUCCGUGAGAUUGUCACCACCAAGUUCAUGAAGGAGCUGGCUGAUUCCUCUAAGACUGGUAAGACCAGCUCAACUCGACCACUGGUUGCACUCUCAACUGCUACCCCUGUAACACAGCACCACCAGAGAAUGACAUAAAUCACCUCAGACAUUCACUACAACACUCUGCUGACUAUUUAUCUUUAUCUUGUGAUUUAUGGCACUUCAAUUUAUCCAUCCUGUUUGUAUUUGGUAUUAUACUCAUUAGGUACUUUGCGGUCAUUUUUAGCA